CCGCCGAUCAAGCCACUGGUUUUUGUGUACUAUUGGUCCUCAGGCGUCAAAACAAUCCAGCGGGGCUGCCUGACUUGUUUUAAUUAGGCAGCGCUGAAACGGCAACUGUCUCUCAGACGUGACCAGGCAGAGGUGCUCUCCCCUCGCACUACUGUAAAUACCGCUGUAAAUACUUCUCCGCUGAUGUCUUUGACAGGACCAGUCAGCUAGUUACUCUCUCCCGGUUUUUUUUUUUCUCCUUCUUUUGCCCUUUUUUUUUCCACUUUUCAUCCUCUGUUUUCUGCUCGCGGCAUUUCCCCUCUCUCUUCAUUUUUGACACAAGUAAUGCUUUCAGGCUUCUGAGAAUACUUCUUCAAAUGCGUCUUACCGGGAAGAGUGGAUUUCUCAUUCAUUGUUUAAAAGGUUUUAAAUCAUGAUGAUGCAGGAGUCGGCCACAGAGACAAUAAGCAACAGUUCAAUGAGUCAAAAUGGAAUGAGCACCCUAAGCAGCAGCCAAUUAGAGGCUGGCAGUAGAGAUGGGAGAUCAAGCGCUGGUGACACAAGCAGCGAAGUAAGCACAGUCGAGCUGCUGCAUCUGCAACAACAGCAGGCCCUACAAGCAGCGAGGCAAUUACUCUUGCAGCAGCCAGGCAGUGGCCUGAAAUCUCCAAAGAGCCAGGACAAGCAGCGUCCACUGCAGGUUCCAGUGUCAGUGGCCAUGAUGAGUCCCCAGGUGAUCACGCCGCAACAGAUGCAGCAGAUCCUCCAGCAGCAGGUGCUCUCCCCCCAGCAGCUCCAGGCCCUGCUCCAGCAGCAGCAGGCCGUCAUGCUGCAGCAGCAACACCUGCAGGAGUUUUAUAAGAAACAACAGGAGCAGCUUCACCUGCAGCUUCUCCAGCAGCAACACCCCGGCAAGCAGGCUAAAGAGCAACAGCAGCAGCAGCAGCAGUUGGCCGCCCAGCAGCUCGUCUUCCAGCAGCAGCUCCUGCAGAUGCAGCAGCUCCAGCAGCAGCAGCACCUGCUCAACAUGCAGCGGCAGGGCCUGCUGUCGCUGCCCGGGCCCGCUCCGGGCCAGGCCGCCCUGCCCGGACAGACCCUGCCCCCACCAGCCGGCCUGAGCCCAGCCGAGCUCCAACAGCUAUGGAAGGACGUGACCGGGGGCGGCGGUGGCGGACACUCCAUGGAAGACAACGGCAUCAAACAUAACAGCGGCGGCGGCGGUGGCGGCGGCGGCUCUGGCAGUGGCGGGGGCGGCGGCAGCGGCGGCCUAGACCUCUCUACCAACAACUCUUCUUCAACUACCUCCUCCUCCAAUCCCGCCAAAGCAUCGCCGCCCAUCUCCCACCACUCAAUCGCCAAUGGACAGUCCCCGGCCCUCAACCACAGACGAGAGAGGGAAAGGGAACGGGAGCGAGAAAGCUCACUACAUGAAGAAAGUGGAGGGACCCACCCCUUGUAUGGCCACGGCGUCUGCAAGUGGCCCGGAUGUGAGAACAUCUGCGAGGACUUUGGACAGUUUUUGAAGCACCUAAACAACGAACACGCCCUCGACGACCGGAGCACAGCCCAGUGUAGAGUUCAGAUGCAAGUCGUACAGCAGCUGGAAAUACAACUUUCUAAAGAACGCGAGCGUCUUCAGGCGAUGAUGACCCACUUGCACAUGCGGCCCUCAGAACCCAAGUCAUCUCCCAAACCACUCAACUUGGUGUCCAGCGUCACCAUGUCCAAGAACCUGCCCUCGGCGUCGCCCCCCAACUUACCUCAGACCCCCACCACGCCCACGGCGCCCAUCACGCCCAUGGCCGCCAUGCCCCAGGUGCCGUCGGUACUGGGGGGGGCCAACGUGCCCAGCAUGGGAGCCAUGCGCAGGCGCCACUCGGACAAAUACUCCAUGCCUUUGUCGUCAGGUGGUGACACAGUAUUUAUUUUUCCAGAGAUUGCCCCAAACUACGAGUUUUAUAAGAACGCAGAUGUCAGACCGCCAUUUACUUAUGCAACCCUCAUAAGACAGGCUAUCAUGGACUCUGCCGACAUGCAGUUAACGCUUAAUGAAAUCUACAGCUGGUUCACGCGCACGUUCGCCUACUUCAGACGCAACGCCGCAACUUGGAAGAACGCCGUCCGCCACAAUCUCAGUCUGCACAAGUGCUUUGUGCGGGUGGAGAACGUGAAGGGGGCGGUGUGGACGGUGGACGAGGUGGAGUACCAGAAACGCCGGUCGCAGAAGAUCACAGGAAGCCCGUCACUUGUCAAGAAUCUGCCCUCCAGCCUCGGCUACGGAACUGCACUAAACGCCAGCUUACAGGCCGCCCUGGCAGAGACCUCCCUGCCUCUGCUGGGGACCCCCGGGCUCAUGGGCAGCAGUAACACGGGACCGAUGGGCGGCGCCCCCCACGGCCUCCUCGGCGGAGACCCCUGCGUGCUGACCGGCGGGAGCCCGCCCGGACUGCUGGGCGGCAGUCCGCCCGGCCUGCUGGGCGGCAGCCCUCCGGUCACGAUGAGCGGCAGCCCCCCCACCCUGUUGCAGUCCGGCCACGAGGAGCUCAACGGGUCGCUCGACCACCUGGACACCAACGGACACAGCAGCCCCGGAUACUCCCCCCCAGUACACAUGGGUUUGCACGAGACAAAUUCCAACAUGAGCUGGAGGCCGCCCAUUCACGUCAAGGAGGAGCCGCUCAAUAUGGACGACGACGACUGUCCGAUGUCACUCGUGACGACAGCCAAUCACAGUCCGGAGCUGGAGGAGGACCGGGAGCUGGAGGAAGGGAACUUAUCGGAGGACCUGGAGUGACUAGGAUACAGUUUUUGGUGGCCGUAUCCCGUCGCCCAGCCGCACUGUUUCUCCCACACAGACCUCCUGCAAGACUAGAAACCACUCCACAGUCCGAGCAAACCACAGCUGACUCUCUCUCCGUCUCUCUCACCACUGGGACUAUUUAUUAAGCAUGUAUCCGGAUAGAGACCGGUCCGAAGGAACUCUUUGCUGCAGCCCUUUGGGAUCCCCAAACAUGUCAGGCAUGAGAUGUCUGAUUCACAGAAAUCCAAAAAAACUCGUUGAGACCUGGUUCGUUAGGGACGGCGUGGCCACAUACAGUACGAGGAUGAUGGACUCAUGGAUGGGGGGGGGGUGAGGGGAAAGAAAAACCUGAAACUAAUGAGCAAAUCACGUUCCGUUGAAAGCUAGCGGCCUCAUAUACUGCCAAAAAGGAAGACAUUUUCUGUUUGUGAAUAACCCAACCCACAGUAGUUGUUAAUGUCUAGAGACAAUUGCUGGUUCAAUUCAAGUUGUUGCUCUGUUAUCAUUUGCACAGGAGUAGUCUCAGAAAUUUGUGUCACUGCCUGUAUGUUGCUACUAUUAAGAAAUCCAGUAUAUUAUUUUCGGCUAGAUGUUUUUUUUUUUCUUUCUUCUUUUCUCUCCUUAGUUUUCUCUUGUUUUAACCAUCGUUUAUCUCCAGAUAUGAUUUCAUUCAGGCACCACCGACUGUAAAUGCCAUUCCCUGAAUCACACCAGUAACAGAACUGCGGUACCAAGACUGUUGUUGCAGCUGUCCAGGAAAAGAGUAACAAAAAAAAAAAAAAAGUUGGCUUCCAGUCUGUUAUCUGUUUGUGAUUAAAAUAAAAUUAAAAAAAAAAAAUCACCAAAAAAAAAAAUAAACAAACAAACUGGAAUUGACUUGGGGAUUUGAAAAAAAAAAAAAAAGAAGCACCAUUUACACAACAAAUGCAUUUCUGCAUCGUUUUCUUCUCGCUGUUCCUCCUUACCUCCUCGUUCGAAAGCUUUGUCUACCUGCAAACAGUCACAGGCAACAGCUAGAAACCAAAGCCAACACUAGCAAUGGCCAAUAGCUUAUAGACAGAAGCCACCAAACUCCUCUUGGUCCAACUUCUGUUGACUUUAAACUAGUACAAAGAGAAGCUUUUGUUCCGCAAAACUACCUUGGAAUAACCUCUGGGAUUGUUUCAUUUAGCCCUAUACAAAGAUGCUCAUGAGAAAGAGAGAGCGGAAAUAAAUGCUGAUUUUGAUGUGUAAUUUGAUGACUCGCGAAACGUCCACUUUGAAGACUUCCUGCCAGACGUGCUGUUGGGAAAAAGGCGGCGUGAUGUUGGGACUACAGGCUUUUGGUGCUGGUGGUUUCACCCGGUAGAGAGCAGCUAACUGUAAAAGUGGAUCAUGACCAAAACAUUUGUGUAUUCAAUGGAAGUGCAGAAGCAUUGUAUUGUUGUGAAGUUAAUUUCAUUUUAUUUUUCUACUAUUCGCUACAGCGCCACUCAUCCGAAGUCAUUCUUCUUUAUUUAUUUCCUUUUUUUUUUUUGUUUUCUGACCUGGUGAAAAUGUGUCGUUCUAAGUGGGACUGUCAAAAAAUUCUGUCACGUCUUAAUUUCCAUGGAGGUUUUGUUCUGAGCCACGUCAAAAACGAAAAAAAAAAAACGAAAAAAAAAAACUAAACAAAACUGAAAACAUCGCUAACCAAACAUGAAAAAUAUCUAGUGAAGCCAAAUAAGUCAUAAUUUCAAGUUAAUAUGAAAUGAUGUGGCUUGGUUACCAUGUGGAAGCAAAUAGUUAUAGCCAUUGCUGGAAGAGGAUAUCUAAGGUGAAAGGGAAUCUUUUCUAGGUGAUAUUUGCUUUAACUCCAUCCAGUCCUCGUUGUGUGGGUCACAGCUCCGCCUAUAUGGAUACAGGUGAUAUAGGCAGCCUGCUUGAAGCUCCGCCCUCUUUUCCCCCUCGCAGCCAAUGUCAUCUAGAAAAGUGUUGUUGCUUUAAUGGUCAUUUCUGUUUUCAGUAAACCAAAGUUACACAAAAUUCUGCCUCCUCUUGUAUGGGAUAAAGAAAAUCCUUAACGCACACACACAUACACACAUGCACACAUGGUCGGAAGCUAGUAGACACACCACACACACCACACACACACACACAGUAACCCCAAUCCCUGGGUGUUCUCUCUUUUUGUUUGGUCUGCCGACUUUUUUGUUUUGGUUAAAUCUCUCGCUGCAGAAAAAAAAAUGAAAAAAAUGAAAAAAAAAAAAAAAAAACGUAUGCUGUCAAAGAGCCGCCCGGCGCGGCUUCGUAUCCGUGCCGUAACGAGCAAACGCGGCUGCUUGUUUUGACCAAAAUGGAAACACACUGUGCGUAUGCUGUUUUCAAGUGUGGUGCCAAGCCGAGGGACUGGCUGGAAGAGCUCAGACACACAAGACACGCGCAGUACUGUACAAACACGCAGCGUGUAGAGUACACACACACACACACACACACACAUACACACACACAUGUGCCAGUCAAGAGGGUACUGGGCCCAGGAACAAAGCUUAUCCCUUCAAUACUUAGCUGGAGUCAGCAAAACGACUUGAAGACGACGUCCUUAAUAAUCUUAUCACACCAAAUAAAGAGGACGCUGCGUCUUUCAACAAAAAAAAAAAGAGAAAAAAAAAAGGAAAAGGAAAAAAAAAAAGGGUUCUCCCACUUACCCAAAAAGGCUUUCUGAAAGCUUCUACCUCUGCACAACAAAUUCAGAACAAUUACAACAGAUUGCACGAGAGAAUGCCACAAGAGCUGUUACACUUUACUACGCUUUGUCUCAUAGGACGUGGCUCCAAACCAACGUUUACAUUCCCUGCGUCAAGAUAUGGAAGAUUUGCAUUGUAAUAGGUUUUCCUCAAACAUUUGUAGAAUGAUAAUGUAUAGAUUACCUGUAAGGGAAUAUUGUGUUUUAAAAAUGCAUGUCUAAAAAUCAUUUGGUGGACUGGAAACGAGGACUAAUAAAAAGAAUAUAAUGAAAAAUCAUUGGGACGAUGGCCUAAAUGUACGUACAAUGCAUAGGAGUGCAUUACCUCAGAUAUACUGUUUUGGGAGGGAUGAAACCUGUCAGCCACAGAAUGCAUAUUACCUGUAGAUUUGCAUGGGUUUUGUAUAAAUUAAGUAAAAAAAAAAAAUGUCUAAAAUAGUUGCUUGCACAUAAAUACCAGAAAGACCUCCAGAACUGCGAUCUGCU